AUGAACACGGUGAUUUCCGUCGCUACGUGGGUCCGCGUUGAUCUAGGGCAACCCACCGCACGCGGUCCCCGUCGUGGAAUCAAGCAACCGGUGCUCUCGCGAGCGACUAGAAAGAAAUAUUCCCAUCAGUUUCGCGAUACCCGCGGGUCGCGCCCAGCCGGGCACUCUGGUCAUGGACGCGCCUUCAGUCUCGGAAUAACCCUGGCUCGAGAACAUACCUCAGGCCAGCCCAAGUUGACUAAGGUCAGCGCCUCUGACGUAGGAGACGUUGAGAUUUCGUACGAAGGUGGCCAGAACGGUCGUGGUAAUGGUGACGAUACCGGUGACAGCAACGGUGGUGGCCACGGUGGGGGUGGCAACGGAGGCAGUGGUGGGGAAGAGUCAGAGGGCAAUUAUCUCUUUCUUCUGACUGCGCUGCCUGUAUUCUCUGAAUAUAGUCAGAUGCUGAAGGACGGAGAUACCGAAGGACUGGAAGGUCGCGGCAACGCCGAUGAAGAAGAAUUAGACCGCGCUACGAUGGAUGAAGACGAGGAAUACGAUGAUGAAAACGACGAGGACGAUGAGGACGAUGAGGACGAAGAUAUAGAUGUUGGUCGAGGUAAACAGCCCCGCGGCUCGAAGCAACCCCGGAACAAAGAUAACUUCAUCUGUGAAUCGGUGCUUGCCACAAACCUUCCGACUGGACCUGGUAUCCCGACGAAGUCUGAGCUUUUUCAGGGCCUCAAUGCCCGCAAGGGAGCAGAGCUCUCCAAAAAAGAUCUUUCCGACGACCUCGAGCAACUCCUUAACACGGGGCUGUUUGCAAAUGUUGACGCGAACGUCACUCCAAAACAUGAUGGUUAUGCAGUUGAGUUUGUUUUCAGGGAGAAAAUCUGGCCUCAGGUGCAAUCUUUCAGGGUCGCUGGAUCGACUGUGCUGCCAAAAGAAAUAGAACAAGAGGUAUUGAAAGCUGCGCGCAAAAGUCAGAACUGCACUGUCCGUGUGUUGGCGACAGCAAAAAACAUCGUAGAAGGUUACUACACAAGUAAAGGUUUGACCUUCGGGACCAUAUCACACUUUGAUGGAAUGGAAAAUGGGGAAGUUGUUGCGCAUGUUAUUGAGGGAGAAAUCACACGCGUCCAGUCUGUGUUUGUGGACGAGAAUCUUCAACCUGUCCCAGGAAACAAAGGCGUCACACAUCCGCGCGUUAUUCAGCGCGAGCACAAUUUUCAAGUGGGCAACUUAUAUAACGUGGAGGAUGCCAAGACUGCUCUUCGCGAUAUCUUCCUUUUACAGCUGUUUGACAACGUUCAAGUUGUUCCGAAACCUGAUGAGCGCGAUCCAUCUAAGGUUCAAGUCGAUAUUCUGCUACGAGAAAGACCGACGAAAACGGCAGAGACUGAACUGGAAUGGAGCAUCGCACCAGGCGAAAAUGGUAGGCCUGACCUCGUUUCAGCUCGGCCAGGUGGAUCAGUUUUCUUUGAGCACAGAAAUUUGGAUCGAUGGGGACGUCAGCUAUUUGGAUCCAUUUCGACGGCCAAUUUUCUCCAACCUCAAGAAGAUCUCGGUUUCAAACUUGAGUACAAUCAUCCAUAUUGCAAGGGUGACACAGAUGUGGAUAGGACGUCUUUCAAAGCAGCUGCUUUCAACUCACGAAAACUUUCACCAGUUUUCACCGGUGGUCCUCUCAUGCAAGAGGUUCCCGGUGUCUGGGUCGAUAGAGCAGGUAUCAAGGCGGGCAUCUGUCAAAACUUCACGAGGCAAUCCAAGUGUUCCCUCGGUGCUGUAUUAGAAGAAGUCACUACGCGCGAUGAUUCUGGUGCUGUCUGUGUCUUUGGAGCGAAGCAACUCUCAAAUGGCUCACUAUCUCUCGAUGGUCCCCGCACGACUCUUUCUGACACUGGUACGGAUCGUGUGAUUUUUCUUCAAGGAAACGCGAUGCGCGAUACUACCAAAUUCGUGAAUGGUACGCAAGUUGGCGCCCGGGAUAUUUUACAAGUUGAUCAGUCAGUGCCUUUCUGGCUGAACGGUCCGAUUUUCAACCGGUCAAAGCUAGAAUUGACACGUUUCCUCAAAGUUUUACCAGAGAACCAGAAAAGCUCUCAACCUCCCCCAGUCGUUGUCUUGCACACUCGCGCUGGCCAUAUUCUUGGGAACUGUGCGGCGUAUGACGCUUUCACUUUAGGUGGCCCUCAUUCUUGUAGAGGUUACACUGUGGGCGAGCUUGGUGCUGCACGCUCGUUCCUUGAGACGGCAGUUGAGCUUCGCAUUCCGAUACCUAUUACGUUAUCACAUGGCUUCAUCUUCUGGGAACGAUGUUCUGAUUUAUCAUCCAGCUCAACAUUGUCCGGCAGUCCUACGGAAUUCUACCGACGUGCUGGUAAGGGGAGAACUCACGGUGCUGGAGUCAAGUUAGGCCCAGUCCGCGCUGAGUGGUGUGUGGAUUGUAACAGUGGAACGGCGUCCACUUUCAUUCGCUUUGGUGAGCGCUUUUGA